CAGUUGCUUUUCCUACGGCGUUCUGCAGUUCCUGGUCUGUUUAGAAAGGAUUGGCUUCCGAAGUCUCUGCGGCGCCUCAAUUGUAAUUGAUGUUCCAGUGACACUACUGGUGUCGGUUUCGCAUCGAUCAUGAAUGCAAUUUGGCUCCAGAGCCACAAGACUAUCAUGGCUAUCUGAAUCGAACGCAUAAUCACUUCACCCAUAAGAUGCUCUGCGCGUGCCCUACUAGUGCUCGUCCCCGAAGGUCCAGGUUGGUGUCCCAAUCGGGUGCGUAUGAAGGCGUUCUGUAUGUACCGAAGCUCCUAACCGUUCAAUGCCGUGUGUCUUCAUCUAUGCCUCAUAUCGCCAUCUGAUGACAUGUCAUGGGAGCAUUGUGUGAAAGAUCUGAUUUAGACCAGGUUGCGGCGCAGGGUAAUAAUAGCUAUGAGUGGGCUAUCCAGCUACUCCUCGCCGAAAUAGCCUCUACGUCGACCUUCGGAACGACCAUGGGGGAUCUGUAUUGCAAUAGGGGUCUGCGAUUUUGCGCGGCUGCUUAGUAGGACUCAUGGCGGAUGUUAGUAUACGUCAUAGGUUCAUUGCAGUCAAAUCCAACGCUAUCCAUUCCAACAGCAGUUCCAUUAUAACUACGGAGAUGGCAUCUUCUUGGUUCGCUCCUCUCCCACCUCCCGCUACCAAACUCGGCCGCCAUCGACAAUUGGCUCCCAAUGCCAGUAUCCAUGCUUCGCCGAUUGUCCUCGCUGCGAUGAGCAUUGGCGAUAAGUGGAGUGCUGGGAUGGGCGCGAUGGACAAGGAGAGCAGCUUCAAGCUUCUUGAUGCUUAUUACGCUGCAGGAGGCAAUUUUAUCGGUACAGCCAAUAACUACCAAAAUGGGAGCUCCGAAGAGUUCAUUGGAGAGUGGAUGGAAGCACGCGGAAUUCGAGACCAAAUGAUAGUCGCUACUAAGUUUUCUGCAGAUUGGAAACGUGGCGACAACAGCACUGGCCAGAAGACGCACUAUGUUGGGAACAGCGUGAAAAGCCUGUACAUUUCUGUGGAGGCAUCAUUGAAGAAGCUUCGCACCAACUACAUCGAUAUUCUUUACGUCCACUGGUGGGACUUCGCCGCCACCGUAGAGGAACUUAUGAACAGCUUGCAUCACCUUGUCGCUGAUCGCAAGGUUCUCUAUCUGGGUAUUUCCGAUACCCCAGCUUGGUUCGUCUCACAAGCCAAUACUUAUGCCAGGUUGACCGGAAAGACUCCGUUCGUAAUCUAUCAGGGCGCUUGGAGCAUCUUGCAGAGAGAUUUCGAACGCGAGAUCAUCCCAAUAGCUCGAGCUCAUGGAGUGGCUCUUGCCCCUUGGGACGUGCUGGGGGGAGGCAAGAUUCGCUCCGACGCUGAAGAACAGCGCAGACGUGAGACGGGCGAGAAAGGUCGUACCCUGAUCAGUGGCUGGGAGCGAUCCGAGGAUGAACGCAAAGUAUGCCAGGCCCUCGAGAAGGUCGCCGCCGAAGUUGGUGCAGAGUCCAUCAGCGCGGUUGCCAUCGCAUAUGUGAUGCAGAAGGUUCCCUAUGUCUUCCCGAUUAUCGGCGGACGAAAGGUCGAACAUUUACACCAGAAUAUCCAGGCGCUCGAUCUCGAUCUUACCACCGAGCACAUCGAGAGCAUUCUGCCAUUUGACGUUGGUUUCCCUACCGAUUUCUUUGGCGAUGGAACUGAAUACGCGAAGGUCUACAGCGUAGCUGGUCAUUUCGACAAAUGGCCGCUUCCGCAAGCAAUCCGUCCCUCACAGAAUUAAGCGGACAUUUGAAGGUCUAGUGCAAGAAUAAGCCAAUGUCAUGGACAUCUAUGGAGCGGAUAUCGCUGUCCGUUGUUGCCUGGUUCUCAUUUGGUACAUAUAUAUCGGUUAUGUGCUAAAAAUGAAAUCGUUGUUCCCGACACUGAAGGCAACG